UAACACAUUUUUAAAAUUUUCAAGUUGGAUUUAAGUUUUUAUCUGAAACUCGAUAAACAACAAAAUACAAGAAAAACAAAUAAAAUAGAAUUUUGAAAGAAUGCCAAGAUAUGAAUUAUUACUAAUUACUAGGGCAUUAGAGCGCCCGCAAUUAAAAAUUGUUUUGCAACGAACUGCAGCAAAUUUGUUUCAGCAAGAAGCAAUUAUUCGCAAAAUUGAAAGCAUGGGUCAGCAAGAACUUCCUUAUAGAAUGAAAUCAAAUUCAGUGUGGCAUACUCAUGGAAACUAUUUUCUUUUUGAUGCUUAUAUUAAGUUAGAUAAGUUGCCGUUUAUUCGUAAGGAAUUAUCUUUUGACAGCGAUAUCAUCCGGCAGACCUUUAUUAAAAAACUUUGCGAUUUUGACGAGGAGAAAGCAAGAAUACCAAAGAUCUAUGAGUGCACCACAAGUUAUGUUUUGCCUUAUGAAGAUCGUAAAAGAAACUAACGUUUAAAUUGUUACAUGAAGAAAAAUUUUAUGUUUUUA